CAAACUUUUGGAGGGCGGUUCACGGUCGGUCAGCCUCUCAUCACUCCCGCCUGAACAAAUUUUGAGUUAGAGAUUCCCCUUCUCUCUUCUCGCGUUACCCGCCCACACUUCUCCAUUUCAAGAUCCUCAGUCAGAUUUCUUUCAUUUUGAUUGAACAAACAUUUCCCGAUUGCAAAAAGGGGGUGGAUAAUUCAUUGUUUUUGGCGAACCUGAGAAGUGGGUUUUCGAGGGUCUCAGUUGAAUACUCAAUUGAGUUGACAGAUUUCGUUGUUUUUUUCUCUGCAAGUGAGUUUCAUUAUGAGUAGUGAUAAUUCCAAAGAUGGGUUUUACAAAACCCGUCCGGUUCUCGGUGAUUUGACCAACCGGCCUAUAAAAAGGGGGUUUUCGAUGAUUUCAGCUGAUUCAAAACCUAAAUCUGGAGAUGGGUAUGGUAAUAAUGUGGAUUCUGAACAUGGGGAUUCAAAAUUUGCAAAGCAAGUGUCUUUAGGGGUUGAGAAUAUAGCAAGAGAGAAGUGUAAGACCAAAAUUGGAGCAGAAUGUAACCCUGAAGCUUUAUCUUCGCCAAAGGGCACACAAGAUUCUGAGUUUUCACCUACUUAUACUGCCACUGAUGAAUCAUCGAAUGACAACAGUGACUCUGUUACCUUGACUAUGUCGAAUGACAUUGCAGAAAAGUCCAGUGACACUGGAGAUAAUGCGAGCAGUGUUAUGGGGGUUGCUGAUGCAUUGAUGGAUAAUUGCACGUCCAUUGUUUCAAAUUCCAAGUGCUCAGGACUGUGCAAGAAUGACCGUUGUGAUGGUGGAGAAAAAUGUCAAUAUGAGAAAGCAGGACAGACUUCUGAUGUUACUCAAAGCAUUCCUCUAUAUGAAGGAUUAGUCACUGUUGUUCGCGGGAAUGAUGAAAAGGAUCUUGAUGAUGGUAAUCUGGCAUCAAACAAACAUGGUUAUACCAAUAGUUCGAGGUUGCCUGGGUCACAUGGUUGCUCGAAAUCCCAUGAAUUUGAAAAAUUAGAAAGAUGCACAACUCUUAAGGGUGAUGGUGUUGCUGGUUUGAACGUUGGUGAUGACUUUCUCAAAUGUUGCUCUUGUUCGUUUUGCUUGAAAGCGGCUCACAUUUUGUCGGACCUUCAAUACCAGGAUAUCAAGGGUCGAAUUUCUGCAUUGAAGAAGAGUCAAAAGGAAGCGAACAUAUUUGUUGAGAAAAGUUUCAGGGGAAAGGAGAUUGAUACCAAGGGCUGGCCACACCCAAAUAAAACGUCAAAACUUGAAUAUGAUCUCUCGAGUCAGUGGAGAUCACUCUUUCUUCACGUGGAGGAUAUGCUUGUUCAUGAAAGCAACCAUCUCCAAGACAGUUAUGUCACGCUAAAAGAUCUGAGAGACAACUGCAAGACGGAACUGGAAAUGACGAAUGGCAUGCCUUCAGAGAAACAAUAGUGUGUUUCCGAUGCUUGCGUUAUUGUAAGAUUGUCACUUUACUGGGUGCUUACUUGCAAGUGCAUGUGCACACGUGUAUUCAUGUA